UGCUCCGUCUUGCUGCCAUGUUGGAUGUACGCAUCGCCGCUGCAGCUGCUGGAGUUUCCGAAUGAAAGUUGAGCGUUUAUCUGUCUACAGACAGAUAACGUGUCCUUAAUUUUAUAGUUAACAUUAAACGGAGGAGUUCAGAUUCUUUCUUAAGCGGGACCAAGUCAGGGAAAACACUCCCCGUCCUCCUCCUCCGCCCUCCAGCCCGGAGUCGGACUCAGCGGAGAUGAUCCGGUUGCAGGCCACAGCAACCGGAGCCCGCAUGGAUUUUCUGUAAUCAGCAGAGUUUGCAGAGCCCGUCCGGGGAUAACCGCAUCGUUUCGGGGUUAACUAGAAGAAUUUGGAGCCAUGAACAGCCACCCGCCGCCCCGCAGGGUCGCUAACAUCGGCUCCCUCCUCCUGACCCCGCAGGAGAACGAGUGCCUGUUCGGCUACCUGGGCAGGAAAUGCGCCACUCUGUGUUCGGCGGUGGUCCAGGUGUACGGGGCCGAGCGGAGCGCCUGCUGGGCGAAGAGAUGCUGCGGAGUGGCCUGUCUGGUCAAAGACAACCCGCAGAGAUCCUACUUCAUCAGAGUGUUUGACAUCAAGGAAGGGAAAACCAUGUUCGAGCAGGAACUGUAUCACAACUUCUCCAUCAGCAGCUCCAGAUCCUACUUCAUCUCGUUUGCAGGAGACACCUGUCAGAUCGGUCUGAAUUUCGCUAGCGAAGAAGAAGCCAAAAGAUUCAGAGUUGCCAUCAACGAUCUGCUCAACCGACGGCAGCGCAAGACCGAGAAAAGAGGUGACCCUAAAAAUGGUCCAGCUCUGCCCAUGGCCACAGUGGACAUCAAGAACCCGGAGAUCAACAACGUGAGAUUCCACAACUCCCACAGCCACCAGCAGCCGUACCACCUCAACAACAUGCUGAGCCACAGCGGCCUGAACCGCAAGGACAAGAAGACCAAAGGCAAGAAGAAGAAGCUGACCAAGGCCGACAUCGGCACGCCCAGCAACUUCCAGCACAUCGGUCACGUGGGCUGGGAUCCAAACACAGGUUUUGAUCUCAACAACCUGGAUCCUGAACUGAAGAACCUGUUCGACAUGUGCGGCAUCUCGGAGGCGCAGCUGAAGGACAGAGAGACGUCCAAGGUCAUCUACGACUUCAUCGAAAAGAAAGGAGGGGUGGAGGCGGUGAAGAACGAGCUGAGGAGGCAGGCACCCCCUCCUCCUCCUUCCCGUGGCGGACCUCCUCCUCCUCCUCCCCCACCCCACCACGCCUCAGCUCCACCUCCUCCUCCCCCCCCAUCCAGAGGAGGCCGGGGAGCCCCUCCUCCCCCUCCUCCGUCCAGAGCACCCGCCUCAGCUCCUCCUCCUCCGCCUCCCUCCCGACCAGGAACUCUGGGUGCUCCGCCUCCCCCGCCGCCUCCCACCAGAGGAGGUCACCAGCCCCCUCCUCCUCCCCACCAUCACCACCAUCACCAGGCUCCACCUCCUCCUCCUCCUGCACACUGUUCCAUUGCCCCCCAAGCUCCACCCCCUCCGCCUCCCCCACUGGCCCAGCAGUCUCCAGUCGGCGGCGGCGGCUCUGCCCCUGCUCCACCUCCCCCACCUCCUCCUCCACCUCCCCCGCCCGGCCCUCCUCCCCCUCCAGAGCUGGACAGCGGAGGCGGAGACUCGCCUCAUUCGCCGAGCCCAGGCGGGAAGUCGGCGCUGCUGGAGCAGAUCAGGGGAGGGACCCAGCUGAAGAAGGUGGAGCAGAACAACCGAGCACCGGCCUCCAGCACCGGCCGAGACGCUCUGCUGGACCAGAUCCGACAGGGGAUCCAGCUCAAGACCGUGCCGGAUCACCCGGAGUCCGGCCCCCCGACGCCGGCCCCCACCGCGGGCAUCGUCGGCGCUCUCAUGGAAGUGAUGCAGAAGAGGAGCAAAGCCAUCCAUUCCUCAGACGAAGACGAGGAUGAUGACGAAGACGAGGACUUUGAGGACGACGACGAGUGGGACGACUAGCGACGACUCUCCUGUCCUCAACCCAGGUCCCCCACCCUCACCCCUCCUGCACCUAUCUCUGACACUAAAAUAUCUUCUAAAAAUCUUCCAGAAUCUGACUAAAAUUGAAAUGUAAAUGUUGUAUGAAUUUGCUGUAUAUUUAUUUUUCUUUAUUUUCUUUUUUUUUGUUUUUGCUCUUUGGUUUUUUUAUGAUUAUGAUCAUUAAUCUGUGCAAUACCUCAUCCGUUAAAUCUGCACCCUCGUCAUCAGAGACACCCCCCCACCCCCCCACCCCCCCACCCCCCUCCAGGACAUCCAGUCAUUAGAAAAGCACUUAAAUCUGUCAUCAGCACAAUGUGGAGACACAGCCGGCGACAUUUCAUUAAUUAAUAAUCAAUCAUCUAAAACACUAGCUGCUCCACCGAGAGGAGUCGGGAGUCCUCGUGAUCCUUGGGAAAUAUUUCAUGUGUUCAUUUCUUCAUGUUUCAUUCCUUUUUGUUUGAGAAACUUUUAAAGGGAGACGCAGGUGCGACCGAACAGGCAGGAUCCUCUUUGUGUUUUGACAGCGGUCGCUUUAAAUGCGAGAUAACACUAUUUUCUUACCGUGCUUCUUUUCAUACCUUUACCAGUUUUUCCUAAUAAAUUGUAGUUUAGUCGUGUUAUUUUUUCAUGAAGACAUUCGUUGACCAAAACAUGGCGGCCCGGUCGCCUCGCGUGGAUCUUCAACUUUUAUUUUUUACGUAACGAAAGCCGUUUAUUUGCACACAGUUUGUAUGAUAGUUCAGUUUUGGGUUUUUUGAGUGUGCGUUUGUCAGAAAUAAUUUUUAUUUUAUUUCAGGCAGGAUACAGUGACAAACACUUUUUCUUUUCUUUUUUUUUUCUUUUAAAGCUAAAGGUUUCGCAGCCUUUUAAAUGCGAUUUACAAACGUGACUGACGAUGUUUGAGUUCGCACAUUUCUUCGGCUCGAUACAAAAAAUAUGUCCACACACGUUAACUCACACACACUGUGGUGUUUUGUGGAAUGAUGGGAGUUUUUUUUUGUUCUGAUGUCUGGUUGGUUUUUGUUCCGUUACUUUCUGCAGGAGGAAGCAUCAACAGCUCUGGUCAGUAUUUCAAACAAAUAUCACACACUACACAAAGAAACAAAAUAAUAACAAUAAAUAAAAAAAAAAAAAAAAGAAAA